UUUUUUAAAGUGCACCAUGUAUAAAAGACCUUGAAAUCAUAAUGGAAUACAAAGAAACCUGUCUAAAGCUUAAAAUUGCAAAGCAACUAAAAAGCAACUAUGGGUUUAUGGCUAUCAAAGUUAGCAUCAGCUUUAAAUGAUUUUGGUAAUAGAAGAGCUCGCAUUCUUUUACUUGGUUUAGAUGCAGCUGGAAAAACAACAAUACUUUAUAAGUUAAAGCUCAACGAAAACGUCACAACCAUUCCUACAAUCGGGUUUAAUGUGGAAGAGGUGACUCCAAUAAAAAACGUUACUUUUACCAUGUGGGAUGUUGGAGGUCAGGAAAAAAUUCGACCUUUAUGGAGACACUAUUAUCAAGGUUCAGAAGGACUAGUUUUUGUUGUUGAUGCAAGUGAUGUUUUAAGAAUUCAGGAAGCUCGCGAAGAGUUAUUUUCUGUGUUAAAAGAUGAAGGCAUCAGUAAUGGAAUUCCUGCAGUGAUUCUCGCAAACAAACAAGAUCUUCCUAAUGCGUUAAAAUCGUGGGAAUUAGUUGAUAAAAUGCGGUUAAGAGAAUUAAGCGGUAAUCCAUGGCAUGUUCAAGAAAUGUGCGCUUUAACAGGGGAUGGUUUGUAUGAAGGUAUUCAAAAACUUGCAGAAAUGGUAAAAUCAUAUCAAAGAGAAAACAAAAUUAGAUGGUGACUGCAUGUAGUUAGUCUACAUGAAUGUUGUUUCUGUAACAAUGGCGAUAAAUAAAAAAAUAUUUUGUUAAUAAACUUUUUUAUAAAAAUUUUUAAAUUGUAAAUAUAUUAACUUAUUUAAAUGUGUAUAUAAAA